AUGCCACAAAAGCAUAUCAAAAGUGAAGACCAAACUCAGGACACAGUCAUCGAAGUCCACGCCAUAGACCUGAAGCCAAAGUUAACUCAAAACAAACUUAAACUCAAGUAUCGAUUGAAAAGUGAAUUGAAAUCCAAGUCUAAGCCUAAGAGGAAGUACACAAAGGGUCCGAAGAGCUACUCAUGUGAUUACCUCAACUGCGAUGAAGUGUUUGCCACUAAACAGCACCGCCAGAGACACCACUUGACGCACGGGAUGGACGUACCCGUGAAAUGCGAGACAACGGACUGCAACUACCAGUGCACGCAAAAGCACCAAAUGUUGAAACAUAUGGUGAAACACUCGGCCGAUCGGCCCUUCCUAUGCACCGACAUCGCGUGCGGCAAAGACUUCAUGACCUCGACGGCACUCCAGAGACAUGUGGACCGAAAUCACGGCGAAAAGCCCUACGUUUGCGAUCACGUGGACUGCGGUAAGAGCUUCGCGAAGGAGCGCUACCUACUGACCCACCGGAUGACCCACUCGGAGGGCGAGCGGCCCUACCGGUGCGAUGAGCCGGGAUGUGGACUCACAUUCAAGUACGACGUGACUCUACUCAACCACCGGCGCUAUAAGCACUCGGGCCUGACGUGCCUGCGCUGCCAUUGGCCCGGAUGUGACUACCAGUCCCUCUACCCGUGGCAGAUCAGGCGCCACCACUCGACCCACGAGCAGCCCCAGUGCUACGCGUGCGAGUGGCCCGGCUGUGAGUACCGGUCCAAUAGGGCCGACAACCUGAAGCAGCACAGAGUGACGCACACCACCGAUAAGCCCAUACCCUGCGAGUGGCCCGAGUGUGCGCUCAGGUUUAAGACUAAGUCAGUCCUCAAACAGCAUAUGUUGACCCACUCGAGGGUUAUGUAUGAAUGCGAUUGGAAGGGCUGUGCGUUCAACACCGUUAACAUCAAUGUCUUGAGAGCCCAUAAACGCCGUAAACAUCAAAGCGAUUCUAUAGUGUAUAAAAAUGAUUGA